AUGAUAAUUUUAUCGUAUAAUAUUCGCGGUGGUGGGAAUCGGGCUAAACGCAAGAGAGUUGGAUUCCUAAUUCAAAAAGGAGAUGUUGAUCUUUGCUUUAUUCAAGAAAAAAAACUUAGUGGAAUUGGUGUGGAUUUGGUUAGAGAGUUGUGGGGAGGAGUUGACGUUGAAUGGUCCUACUUGGAUGCUAAUGGAGCCUCGGGUGUUACUAGGAGGAGAACUUGGAAUUAUUUAUGUGAGUUUAAGAACAACAAUGCGGAUGGAUCAUGGUGUAUUGGGGGAGAUUUCAACUCUAUCUCCACUCUCGAUGAAAUAAUUGGAGUUACUACUAGUGAAUUUAGUAGGGAUUUAAGAUCCUUCAAUGAAUUCAUAGAGGAAAUGGAGUUAGUGGAUCUCCCUACAAUAGGUGGAAAGUCCACUUGGUUCAAAAGGAACGGGAAGGCUAUGAGUAGGCUUGAUAUAUUCUUAUUAUCGGAGAGUCUUGUAGAUGAUUGGAAGCAUGAAGAGUUUCAUAAUUUCGUGGAAGACGAAUGGAACAAAAUAGUGGUUAAAGGGAGAGGAGAUUAUUGCUUGGUUGAAAAGUUGAAACUCUUAGAAGCCGGAUCUCUUGGUGGAACAAAACGGUUUAUGGAAGAGGUUUGCACUAGACCGGAACUGCAUGGGAUUAACUUGAAAGUGCUUUCUUUAGGGGAUUCUUUGGAUCUUGAAAAACCUUUUUCCGAAGAAGAGAUCAAGGAUGCUAUUUGGUCGUGUGAUGGGAACAAAAGCCCGGGCCCGGAUGGCUUCUCUUUGGAGUUCUUCAAAAGGUUUUGGCUUAUUCUUAAAGAUGAUUUGAUGAAGUUAUGCAAUGAUUUCUACUUAAAAGGUACGCUUGUCAAAGCCAUCACCUCCUCUUUUCUUGCGCUUAUUCCAAAAAAGAAUAAUCCUCAAGACUUGUCCGAGUAUCGCCCUAUUUGUCUAGUGGGGAGUAUUUACAAUAUUCUUGCGAAGAUUUUGGCGGCUAGAAUGAGAGGUGUUUUGGAUAAAUUGAUUUCUACCAAUCAAACCGCCUUUGUUCCGGGUAGGAGUAAGAUGGACGGGGUUCUAAUGGUUAAUGAGAUGCUAGAUUGGGCAAAAAGAAAAAAGAGGGGGUGUCUUUUACUUAAAGUGGAUUUUGAAAAAGCUUACGAUUCUAUUUAUUGGAAUUACCUUAGAUGGAUCAUGGGAAGAACGGGGUUUGGGAAGAGAUGGAUGAAAUGGAUGAAAUCUUGUAUCUUCUCUAGUCACAUGUCUGUUUUGGUGAACGGUAGUUCUACUAAAGAAUUUAAAGUUCAAAGAGGUCUUCGUCAAGGUGACCCGAUUUCUCCUUUCCUAUUUGUUAUAGAUAUGGAAGGUCUUAGUGCUCUCAUGAAGAAAUUGGUGGAGGUGGGGGAUUUUCAACCUUUCAAAUACGGUGAAGAAGAUUAUGUGGAUAUUCUCCAAUUUGCGGAUGACACCGUUAUUAUCGAAGAACCUACAUGCGACAACCUUUGGAGCAUGAAAGUGAUUUUGAGAGGAUUUGAACUUGUUUCCGGUUUGAAAAUUAAUUUCCACAAAAGUAACUUCUUUGGUAUUAAUAUUGGUGAGUGGCUAUCUACCUCGGCCACUUCUUUCUUAUCUUGCAAAAAGGGAUCCUUUCCUUUUAAAUUUCUUGGUAUUUGGGUGGGAGAAAGAGCUAACAAGACGAAGGUGUGGAAGGAUGUGGUUACUAAUAUAAAAUCAAGAUUGUCGAAGUGGAAGGGGAGAAACAUUUCCAUUGGUGGAAGGGUGACUCUUAUUGGCUCGGUGCUUAACGCAAUUCCUAUCUUUACCCUAUCUUUUUAUAAAGCACCGAGCAUGAUCAUCAAAGAGAUUAGAGGACUUCUUAGUAACUUUUUGUGGAAUGGAAAUGCAAAUAAAAGAAGUAUACAUUGGGUGAAGUGGGAGAAUGUUUGCAAACCUAAGGAGAAAGGCGGGCUAGGUAUUCGAGAUGUUGGUGAUUUAAAUAGAGCUCUCCUCCUUAAAUGGAAGUGGAGAAUUUUGAAGGAGGACAAAGCCAUUUGGAGUAGAUUCCUACUCUUGAGAUAUCAUAAUCCGAAAUUCAAAGUUUUAGCUUCUUGUGGGGAAGUUUUAAAUCGGGAUGAUUCAAGUUGGUGGAGACAUACCGUUCUUAAUGAUUUUAAAGAGGAGGAAGGGGUUGAAGGCUUUAUUGACUGGAUCAAUUGUGAUUGUAAGAAUGGUAACAACAUUCUUUUUUGGCAUAGUUGUUGGUUGGGUGAUCAAACUCUUUGCGAUUCCUUUCCGUAUUUGUUCGACCUCUCAACCAAUAAACUUUGCAAGGUUAGUGAUGUCAUUUCUUGGAGCGAAGGUGCUUUUUCUUGGAAUGUCAAUGCCCUCUUCGGCCUUGACGGUUUGGACAUCUUGAACUCGUUUUCCUCCCACUCCGUUCAAAAUGACAACAUCUCGGAUAUAGCGCUUCAAUUGAGGGAGUUAAAAGAGUCUUUGGAGAGAAUUAAUCCGACCAAUUUGGAGCAUGAUGUUUUUUGGUGGAAACUAAAUCCUACCGGUGUUUUUUCGGUUGCAAGUGUGUCUAGCUUGGAACUAUAG